CCCAGCAGCACCGCCCGCCCGCCAUGUCGCAGCAGACCGACGUCAUCUGGGCCGUGAAGAACGGAGACCUGGAGGAAGUGAAGAGUUUUUAUAGCCAGGGUAUAGAUGUGAACAAGAUAGAGGUAGCUGGCCGUAAACCCAUCCAUUGUGCAGCAGAUUGUGGUCAGCACGAGGUCCUCGAGUACCUGAUCCAUGCAGGAGCAGAGAUUAACGUUCCAGAUGUGCAUGGUUUUACACCACUUCUGUCAGCUAUUCACGAGGGACAUUCAGAAUGUGUCAAAUUGCUGGUAGCCAAGGGUGCUGAUAUAACUGCAAAAUGCCCAGAUGGAAAGACCUUACUGGAAGUUGCUGGAAGUCAAGAAAUAAGAGACCUUCUCAAGUGACGAUUCUCUUGCUUGGCCGUGGCCUGUGUCGCCUCAUCUCAUAUAGUUUUCUUUUUCCUUCGUACUCACUUCUUUUGCUUCCGAUUGCACCUUUUAAUUCUGACUAAACAAAACCAGUUUGUAGCAUGUUUUUGUACAGUUACAGACAACUUAGUUAACAUGAAGCUCUUGCGCAGUGUACAAUGGACUGAGUCUACCCUUGACUAGGGAUAGUUCAACACAAAAAUAAAUUGCUGCGACUAUUGAAGGCUGUUGCUACCACGAUUAUUCGGCAAAUGCCCCUUUUCUCGAGUUACCUGAGCUGGGCUCGAGUUCCAAUGUUGUGGACCAUAGAUUGAAGUGGAUGCUCUUUAAAUGAUUGUGCCGUGUGUAUCCAGAGCCAGCAGAGAUUUAUUCUUGUGUUCCCCUCAUCAUGCACCGCACUCUGGGUGGGUGCCAUGCUUCCAAAAUUAUCAAUGACAGAACCUCGUCAUUUUGUUUAAACCUUCCAAAUUAUUUUGUUCCCCCCCCCCCCAUCGAUUAUCAUGUGAACUAUCGUGAUUCUUCAAUGUCAUGAACAGUAAACAAUUCCAAAUGUGAUCAUGGUGACCAUUGAUUGAUCGAUGGAGUGAUAAACUGUCACUAUUCCUGCUCCAUAACCAGUGUGAGAAAUCUGUUUUAAUAAAAUAAAGAUGUGUGUAUAA